UCCAAAGCUCUUUUAUGGAGCAGCUGUGCUGAUGGAGCAGGUCAGUGACUCAGGGCUCAUUUCCAGCUCUGCAGGCGAACGCAAUGCGGACUCUCAGUCCGGCAGCGUGCCAGCAAAGAUCAUCCAAAUUCCAUUUAGUGAAAAGUCAAGUUAUUUUUCCGCCACAAGCCUCAUCACAGCGGACAUAUUCGAAGCCAGAGGUCAGCGUGUGUGCAAGGCGGUAAAAGGCAGGCCAUGUUACAAGCUGGCUUAUUUCUCUGAGCUCCGGCGGCGGCUGAACUUUGUUGAGGCCGAACUCGCCUGCAGACGGGACGGGGGACAGCUGCUGAGCGUGGAGUCGGCAGCCGAGCAGAAGAUCAUAGAGCAGCUCAUCACAGACCUCCGUACCACUGAUGGAGACUUCUGGAUCGGCCUCCGCCGUAACCACGGCGACGAAGAAAGCAGCUCGGACUGCUCCUCACAGUACUACUGGCUGGACGGCAGCAAGUCCACGUUUAGGAAAUGGCAUCAGGAUGAGCCAUCAUGCGGCUAUGAGGUGUGUGUGGUAAUGUAUCACCAACCCUCGGCUCCUCCCGGUCUGGGAGGACUCUACAUGUUCCAGUGGAACGACGACAACUGUGAAACCAAGAACAACUUCAUCUGCAAAUACACAGCAGAGAGACCACCGGAACCGUCCCCUUCUCCCAACUCCACGCAAACAGAUAAUUUCCCUUCAUCCGCCCUGCCGUGGAAUCCAAUUGACCACAACCAGGACAGGAGUACAGCGCUUAGAUGGAUUUACAUCAUCACUCCCACCGUUUCCCUGAUUCUGCUGUUACUGACAGCGAUCGGAGUCUGCUGCUUCAAACUGCUAUCCAGACGAAACAGGAAACAACAGAAAUCCGAAGUGUGCCAGACGGAACCGGGGCUUUGCCCCGACCCGGCUCCGGAUGACGUCUACAAAGUCAUUCACUCCCAGAAGGACGACGACCUGCUCUCAGCUCGCCCGCAGACCAAGAACACCUCUUUCCUUUGCUCUUCCCCCGACACUCCGACCGGCGACUACGACAACCUGGGCGGCCGCGACACCGAGAGCGGCUUCGUGACCCUCGCCAGCACGGAGAGCGGCUUCCUCAACUUUGACCUCAACGACCUCAGCCUCGGGCGUCACGCCACCCGCGACUUCUGCAACGCCAGCCUGGGCCGCUCCGGAAAGAGGGACUUGAAUGGCGGCAGUCUGUGCGGCAGCGGGCACAGGGAGCUUUAUGACAGGAGCCUGGGCCGCCGCACGACAAAGAGUGAGCACUACGGCAGCAGUUUGUACGGCGACCACGGCCUCUAUGACGGCAGCGUCAGGGGAUUGAGUGACCUCUACGAUCAAAAACUCAGAGCUGGAGGGGCCGCGGUAAAAGCCGACCUCUAUCAGACGUACAUCACCAACGGCAAAGAAGACGCUUACCGGACCAACCUCGGAACCUGCGGAAACCGGAAAUCCUACCAAGCUAAUGUGGAUUUCUGCAGAACCGGACUGCAGGUCGACGUCGGAAGGAGAUACUUCAACGAACAAGACUGGAUCAACAGAGAAAGCUACUGAUCCUUUGACCAGUACACAGAAGUGUACGUGUGAUUGAGGACAGGGACAACAGAACUGUGCACGUACGUCAAUUAUUUCUUUAUAUAUAUAUAUAUAUAUUAGGGCAGUUAGUUUGAACAGAAAAUGAUCUUAUUAGUAAAUCACUCCCUAUAAGUUACACAAAAAAUGAACACAUUUAGCUCAUGUUCAAGAAUCUCCAAUCAUUUUUCUUCAUGUCAAGCCAUGCUGAUAGUUAGGGGCUCGAAUUACACACACUUUGUGUCAUCUCCCCCCCGAUUUCUACCUACAACCCAAUUAAAUGGAGGUGACUGGACUGAAGAAGGGCCUUCACAUGGUUGGGUGAACUGUUUCUGCAUAGCAGGCCACUUCAAAUCAAAGUCCAUUCCCCCCGCUUCUGUAUUGUGGAGGUGAAUUGACACUUGGAUUGGAUAUUAAAUAUCAAUAUAUUUGCCACCGCAAAUCAAAACUCGUUUAAGCGUCUCGGGGGAAAUGCUGCAGCACACGGUGGGAAAACAAGUUGUACAAAGCCUUCAGUAGCGCCAAAAGGCAGCAGACACAUCAAACGACGUCGCUCGAGUCAGUGUCGCCUGUUGAGUUCCAAAGAAAAAGAGUUUAUCGGACGUAAUUAGCCGUUCGCGAUACAUGGUUUGCAACGUAGGCCCCAUGUGUUGGCCAUUAAGAAAAGUGGAGGUUGAAAAAUAAAAGAAUAUCUCUGGGUCUACUGCACUGAUAUCAAUAGGGAUUUGUGUGUGUGUUAUUGUCUAAUACAAAGUUAUUGGAGACAUCUUUUAACUCCACAGGUCUCUGCCUCAAGGCUAAAUAAUGUAUCUGAACCUUUACGGUCAAUGUUUUGCUCGAACUGUGCUUUCACAAAAUGGACUGAUUGACCCACUGACUGAAUGAUGAGUGACGUUCUGCAGCAGGCUGUUUGCAUGUCGUUGUCACGCUGCCCCUGCCUGGUAACUUAUGUCCGCUGUGCCUGAAAAUAAAAAAAAGUUUACCUGAUUUAAACAGGCCACCUCAAAGACAAAAUAUACAAUAUAUCAGUACUGCUUGAGGGAGUCAGUGUUGAAUAUUUUGUGUCUACUGUAAGUAUGUUUUCACUAGAC